UAUAAUAACUUAGUAAUAUCUAUUAGCCAGAAGCGUUCGGCGUGCGUCCGCGAACUUGUCGCCAAACAGUAGUUGUCCGGUGCGAAGGCCAGGCGCCACGCCGUAAACGAAACGUAACGAAACCCGUCCGGAAAAUCGCAAAUCAAAUUCAUACUAAAAAUGGAUAUCCUUUCGUCUCUAUGGGGAUUAGCUUUCAUAGGAUUUGUGACUGCCGCAAGCCUCAAUGUGGAAACAAGUGAAAAACAGUUGCAGUUGGCUGGCAAUGGCUCAUAUAGCGCUACGAAUUCUAGCCCCUACUUUCAGGUCUCGCUCAACUUGUCCGAGUCAACGACGAAAUCCUGCCCAUCCCUGCUGGACGGCGAUUCCUUGAGCCAAACGGAGCUCAUUAGACGACUCACCGACCUCUGCCGCUAUGAUCGCCUGCAGCCGCCCAUAACAGUGAAUGCGACGGGCGACAUCCAGCCGAUUGGCGUGAAUGCUCGCUUCUAUAUCUACGCGCUCAAGGAUCUGGACUCGAACGACCUGCAGUUUAUGCUGCAAGGACUGCUGCAGCUGCGCUACAACGACACUCGCUUGGCCUUCGGCAGCUACGCACCGACCCGCGCACCCAUUGUGGGCGACGGCUCGCUGCGCAGCAUGCUGUGGGUGCCCCACAUCUUCUUGGCGAACGAGCAAAGCUCCAAUGUGCUGGGCACCAGUGAAAAGGAUCAGCUGACCACCAUUUAUCCGAACGGCACCGUGCUCAUCUCGACGCGCAUUCAGGCCAACCUCUACUGCUGGAUGAACUUCCAGAAGUUUCCGUUUGACGAACAGAAGUGCACCACGAUACUGGAGAGCUGGAUGUACAACACUUCGAUCAUGCAGCUGCACUGGGAGCCCACGAAUCCAGUCAGCUUUCACUCCCAGCUGCAGCUGACCGAAUAUGAUCUCUAUGGCUGGCUAUGCAACGAGUCCAUCAGCAUCUCCGACUCCAGUUCCAUGACACACGGCGCUCUGGAGGGCAACUACAGUGCGCUCAGCUUCACAGUGAUGCUUCACCGCGAGGUGGGCUACUAUGUGAUAGACUACUUUGUGCCCUCCAUGCUGAUCGUGGCCAUCUCCUGGGUGUCCUUUUGGCUGCAGGCCGACCAAACUCCGGCCCGAUCCAUGCUCGGAUGCUCGACGCUCCUGUCGUUCAUCACGCUCUCACUGUCGCAGGAGAACAGCUUGUCGAAGGUCAGCUAUGUGACCAUGUCGGAGGUGUGGUUCCUGGUCUGCACCGUCUUCAUCUUCGGCAGCCUCAUGGAGUUCGCCUUCGUGAACACCAUCUUCCGACGCAACAACAAUCUGGAGGUCAAGAAGCGCACCACCAAAUACAUUGUGCGCUCCACAUUCGUGCCCAAGACGAAGCGCAAUCCGCGCAGCUUCAAUCGCAGCAGCAGCUCGCUGAGCAGCUGCAGCAAAGUCUCCAGCGGCAACCAGAAGAACACAGUCAUCACCAUCGAGACGCCCAUCAUCAUAGGCAACGGCCUCAGCCGGGAGAACUCAACCAUAAGCAUGGAGGACAAUGACGCAAGCUUAAGUACCAGCUCGACAGCUACGCUCUCCGAGACGCCGAAGGAGAAGCCGGCGCAAACAUUUGCCACAAUGACGCCCAAGGAGGUGUCGCUGUGGAUCGACCACAAAAUGCGCUUUGUCUUUCCCCUGGCAUUCCUCGUAUUUAAUGCCUUCUUCUGGACGCUGGUCUAUUGCCUGUGACCAGCUGGCCGUAGUCCGGUAGGAAUGCAAUGCUCAAAGUUCAAAUCCGCACUCGUAAGGAGCA